UGAAUUCAUACAUUUACAUAUGUAUACACAUUAUCAAGAUAUUGACAAGUGCGCGCUAAGUAUAAUCUUACUUAUGAUAUAUAAACAUCGAUCAUGAUACCUGGAACCAGUUACCUUCAGUACCGCUGGGAAGUGUUCACACAAAGACGACCAUGUUGACCAGAAAUCUCGUCGCAUUGAUCUUCAUGUCCGUGAUGGCAAUGACAACAGCGCAGACGACAGGCUUCGGAAACAUCGGCACAGGGGGCGCUUUCCUGGCGGGACUGGCACUUCCGUUCAUCUUUAACCGCUUUCGGCGCCAACCUCUUCCGGUCGUGGUACCCUACCCUAUCCAAACCAACUUCAACCCAUUUAAUCCAUUCCCUGCUCCGAGGCCAUUCUUCCCUGGAGGCGGCUUUCCAGGAGUCGGCUUUCCCGGAGCCGGUCCAGGUCCAAUGUUCCCCGGCGGGUUCAUGGGAUAGACUGUCCAUAAUCCAUGACUGAUGUAUCAAUUGUAUGAUCAAUUUAAAGCUGGUAUAUUUUCA